AUGUCUGCAAUCGGGUCAUCGCUCCGCCAGCAGGCGCGAUCCCUACUCCAGGCCGCUCGGACCGCGCCUACGUCGAGCCUCGCAAGCACCUCCAGGGCCCUGCCCGCAAUCCGGUGCCUCUCGACUUCGUCGCCCCUUGCAAGCAGCCGUGUCAAGCCUAGAUCACAGCAACAGGCCCGCUCCAAUGCGCCCCCCAUAAAGCAGACCGAGAGCCUCUUCACCGGCAUCCUCGACACCCUCAUCGUCGGAUACAGCAACCACGAGGUGGCGCACCGGCCAUCUGGAAACAUGGUCGAUUACGCCGGCAAUCUCGAAGAGGGAUGGAGCACACGCCUGGCCCACGGCGAGCCAUCGUGGCCCUGUACCCCCUACAGCGGAAGGAGCAUCACCAUUGGGCCCCAGUCGGACCCGGCGCGCGCUUACGGCCAGCUCUCGGUGCUCUUGCGGCGAAACAAUGUCCGGAACGAGCUCAGGCUCCAGCAGCGGUACGAGAAGCCCAACGAGGAGAGGCGGCGGAAGAAGAGCGAGAGGCACCGCAGAAGGUUCGCCGACAUGGUCAGGAAAAAGGUCCAGCUGGUGAUGGCCAUCAAGGCUCGGGGCGCCUGA